UCUUCGUCUUCUUUCACAUGAAGUCCAACGAACAGAGCCAGCCCUACAAGAAAGUUCGAACAACAUUGACAGAAGUGUCGGCCCGCCCAACUCAAAAUCAAAUUGAAUCCCCUAUGUUGCAGUUUCAUACCAGUUCUUCCUCUCUAUAUAUAUCCAACCCUAAGCCGAUUCUCUCUGUUUUCAGCCAGAUAUAGGGCUUGAGAAGAGAGAACAGGCAGGCGGCAAUGGGAUCUUUGCCAUCGGAUUCUCUUGUUCUCCAUCAACUGUGUCCUGCAGCUGCUGUUCUCCGGUCGGCUACGGUCCCCGCCUUCUUCGGCGGAUCAUUCGUGCCGUUCUCCGGACCCUCGAUCCGUCGGCGAUCCAUUUGCCUGUUUCCGGCGGCUGACGGCAGGGUAUCCGCCUCGGCGAGGAAUGGGUCUUUGGUUUCGAAUUCGAUGAAGUCCAACAAUGGUAUUUACACUAUUGGCGAUUUUAUGACAAAAAAGGAUGAUCUCAUCACCGUCAAGCCAUCUACUUCAGUUGAUGAAGCACUCGAAAAGCUGGUGAGGUAUGGGAUCGCUGGCUUUCCUGUGAUCGAUGAUGAUUGGACAUUGGUUGGAGUUGUUUCUGGUUAUGAUUUGUUGGCACUGAAUUCCAUAUCAGGGUGUAGAAUAACUGAUAAAAGUAUCUUCCCUGAGGUAGAUAGCACAUGGAAGAAAUUUAAUGAAAUUCAGAAGUUGUCAAGUAAAACAAAUGGCAGGACAGUUGGUGAAAUGAUGACCUCUGCUCCUCUUGUUGUUCGUGAGAAAUCUAACCUUGAAUCCGCUGCAAGGCUAUUGCUUGAAACCAAGUACCGCCGGCUUCCAGUAGUGGAUUCUGCUGGCAAAUUGAUUGGAAUCAUCACAAGGGGAAAUAUUGUUAGAGCAGCGCUACAGCUCAAACAGGCCAAGGCAAGGAGAACUUGAGCAGCAUUCAUUUCAUUUAGUACUCAUUAAUCAGCCGCAAUCUACCUGUGCAUAUCAAUUCUUUAAACCAGCAUGAUCAUGGCGACUAAAUCUCAGCCAUUUUCCCUUACAUAUGUUUAAUUGUAUAAGCUCAUUUGUUACUGGAACAGAUUUCAUAUGUCAGCAAUUCAUUUAUAGAAAUUUUAUGAAUGCCUUUUUUUUAUUUUGUUGCAUUAGUGAAGAUUACUGAUGAGAAAUUAGUAACGAAGGUUUUUGGUGGGGGCAUUGCCUGUUUGUUUCAGUAAGGUUCAUUGGCCUUGGUACUAUUUCUGUGGACAUUUUUACCAUAUAAAGGAAAAUUUACCC